AUGCCAGCUCGUCAUCUACUUCAGCUUUUUACUCUCCAAGAGUUUGUCCUUCACCAUAGAUACCAAGAGCUCCCUAUCCGAGCUGGUCUCGAACUGGAACCUGCUACCCAUGCUACGGCGCUUGACAAGCCCCUUAAGCCAGUCCUACUCGCUCUCGGUCCUGUCAGCAAUCAACCUAUUGCUGUCCAAUAG